AUGGCGCUGGCGGCGGCCACGGGCGGCGUCGACUCCGUGGCGCUCGACGGCGAAGGCAGGGACAAGGUCGUCGUCAUCGGCGAGGGCGUCGACUCCAUCAAGCUCACCAGCGCGCUGCGCAAGAAGGUGGGGCACGCGGACCUCCUGCACGUCGGCGAGGUGGUCAAGAAGGACGACAAGAAGCCGGCGGCGGCGGUGGACGCCGCGGCGUCAUCCAACCCGCAGCCGCAGCCGGUCACUAUGUUCUACCACCACUGCUGCCACCCUGUCGGCUACCGGUGCUACUGCUACGGCUGCUAG